AUGAGAGUGAGCAAAGUUAAACGAGUGAGACGCGAAAACUUGGAAAAAAUGAGGAAAAAACGAGCGGAACUUCGGAAAAAUGGGAAUUCGCUGGAAGAUGGACAGGAGCACAUAUCGAACCUCAAAAGGGAUCGUGAUUUAUACAAGAAAUCGUUUGAUAAAGUGGCAAUGGACAAUAACGAUUUGAAGAUUGAGAACGAGAAACUGAAGAGAAGCGUGGAAUUCUGGAGAGAUCAACACCACUAUCAAGUGAAACUCUGUCAAAAGAGAAAGGAGGAAAAUGAUGCGGCGAAAGAGUCAAAUUUGAGAUUUUUCCGUGAGAAAGAGGUGUGGAAACAGCGAUUCGAAUUGGCGAGUAAUGAGAAACGAGCGCUGGAACAGGAGAAAAUUAUUGCACGGAACAAAAAGCAGCUGAUGAUUCCAGAGAAAGAUGCGGAGCAGUUGAAGAGCCAUAUUAUGUGGUUGAGAGAACAGAUGAAUUCGGAGAAAGUGGCACAUAAUAGGACACGCCUUCAGUUGCAUGAACUGAGAAUGACACGGGCGGAUCACAGUGAACACGAUGUUCCGAUUGUUCCGGAGAGAAGAUUGACACCGAAUGAGAUUCUGAUGCGGAUGAUUGAAGGAUUGGAGGUUCCAGUGUUCGAUACAACGGAAAGGUUAACCACCAAUCGAUUGAUGAGGAAGUAUACGAAAGUUCCAAAGCGUAUAAGUAAAGCAAGCAAUAUGCAAAACUUGAAACUAGCGAGAGAGAAGCGUUUAAUGAACAAAGAGCUAGAAAAAGAAAAAGGACCGAUGAAUUCGACAACGCCGAGCUCGGCGCCAAAAGAUCCGGCGGUGUCAUUACCUCCAAGAGAUCCUCGUCCGUAUAUGGUGAGAGUUCCGGUAAAGACGCGCGGAGUUGUGGAGAGAGCGCCGGCGCCAGCGACAGCGGCUCCAUUAGAAACGGCACCCAAAGGUCCACUCCCUCCGUAUAAUCCAAGGAAACGACAGCUAGAAGCUGCCGCGGAACGACAGCAACAACGAGUUUUCGAUGAGCAGGAACUCCGACGAAAACAUUCGGAAGAAAUACUCGUAUGGAAGGAGAGAUUUGAGAGAUCUCAAGCUGAAAGGAAGUCUUUGGAACGACGAAUGUAUCGACAGGCACAAGAGUUUCAAGAGAGAUUCGAUGAGACUGUUGACAAUAUUUCGUGGAAAGAACGAUACGCGCAUUUGGAGAAUUUCUGUCGAACAUGUAAAGGAGAGAAUAUAAAUUUGAAGGUGGAAUUGAAUGGAAUCAAGAGGGAAAUGGAUAAACGAGAUAAGGAGAUCACUGAGCUUCAGUUGGAUUUGGCCUAUGUUAGAUCGCUUUGCACAAUGCCAAUACCACCGAGAGUCAAGAAACCAAGGAAGCCGAGAAAGCCGAAACUGCUGCCACCUCCACUCUCUCCAUCUACUAUCAACUUGUAA